AUGGCUCUUUUUCAGUCAUUGCAGGAUUUGAACUCGGGGAAGAUGAUUGAUAAUGGAAACAGGACUUGGAAAGGAAAUGUUUUUGUGAAAAAGCACCAUAAAGGAAAGUACCAGUCCACAUCUCAACACUUCCAGGAAUCUGAACCUGGGAAUGAUCAAUUUCCUAACAUAAGAAAAGAUGAUCAUGUUGCCAUUAGAAAACUUAUCAGAUCUUGCACUAAACAUCCCAUGUCAAAUUUUAUAUCAUAUUCAAAUUUGUCUUCAUCUAUGUCUGUCUUCACUUCAAAAUUGUCUAGUGUAGAAAUUCCAAAAAGUGUACAUGUUAUUCUAGAAAUUCCAAAGUGGAGGGAAGCUGUACUUGAGGAGAUGAAAGCUCUUGAAAAGAACAAAACUUGGAGUGUUACAUCACUACCAGAUGGCAAGAAGACAGUUGGAUGCAAAUGGGUGUUUACUAUGAAGUAUAAUUCAGAUGGAUCAAUUGAAAGGUACAAGGCUCGCUUGGUGACUAAAGGCUUUACUCAGACCUAUGGUAUAAAUUACUCAAAGACAUUUGCUCCUGUUGCAAAAUUGAACACUGUCAGAAUUCUUUUGUCUCUUGCUGCUAACAUGGAUUGA